AUGUUACUAAGCCAGAGCAUUGGCACAGCAAUAGGCUGUGUGGUGGCUCCCCUAAGCUUCAUGCUUUACUACAAAGCAUUCAAUGUGGGGAAUCCUACUGGAGUAUUCAAGGCUCCUUAUGCUGUAAUAUAUAGAAGCAUGGCAAUUCUCAGGGUAGAAGGCUUUUCACCUCUGCCUGACCAUUGCUUGCAGCUCUGCUAUGGGUUCUUCUCAUUCGCUAUAUGCAUUAAUUUGGUUAAAGACAUGUUGCCGAAGAAGACAGGGAAAUGGAUGCCACUGCCAAUGGCCAUGGGAGUUCCUUUCCUGGUGGGCAGCUAUUUUACAAUAAGUAUGUGCAUAGGAACUGUGAUUGUGUUUGAUUGGGAAAAGCUUAAACCAAGAAAGGCGGAGCUGAUGGUUCCAACAGUCGCUUCAGGGCUAAUAUGUGGAGAGGGACUCUGGAUCCUACCAUACGCCAUUCUUGCUUUGGCAAAGAUAAAGCCUCCUAUCUACAUGACAUUCCUAGAUUCUUAA